UGAUGAUGUGUAUAUGGCUGUAAAGAAAUUAAGGCAUGAGGAAAUUAAUUCUGCAAGAAGGUGUAUUUAGUGUCUCUGUAUUUCCAUAACGGAUAACAACUUGUUGAUGUAUUUGAUAAAUUGACAAUUUAUUUACACAUAGUUUUUCAAAAUGAAGCUAAGUGUCGAUGGGCUGCUGGUGUAUUUUCCGUAUGAUUAUAUUUAUCCAGAACAGUAUGCAUACAUGUUGGAAUUGAAGAAGGGACUAGACGCUAAGGGCCACUGCCUACUGGAAAUGCCAUCAGGAACUGGAAAAACUGUGUCUUUGCUUUCUCUUAUUGUUGCAUACAUGAUUGCAAAUCCUCUGAGUGUGACCAAGCUCAUCUACUGCUCACGAACUGUUCCUGAGAUUGAAAAGGUUUUAGAGGAAUUGAAGAAAUUAAUGACCUAUUACGAGAAAGAGAGGGGACAGGCGCCAAAAAUGGUAGGGUUGGUCCUCAGCUCAAGGAAGAACAUGUGCAUUCAUCCUCAGGUGAGCAAAGAGCGUGAUGGGAAAAUUGUUGAUGGACGAUGCCACAGCUUAACUGCUUCUUAUGUUCGAGAAAGACACAAUUAUGAUGACAGUAUACCCAUCUGUUCAUUUUAUGAAGGUUUUGACAUUGAAGGACGUGAAGUGCAGCUGGAGCCCGGUGUAUACAGUCUGGAUGACUUGAAGGAAUAUGGGCAGGAGAGAAACUGGUGUCCGUACUUUUUGGCAAGAUAUACAAUUCUGCAUGCAAACAUUGUGGUGUACAGCUACCAUUACUUGUUGGAUCCAAAGAUAGCUGAUGUUGUAUCUAAAGAACUCUCCAGAUCCUCUGUUGUUGUGUUUGAUGAAGCUCACAAUAUAGACAAUGUGUGCAUUGACUCAAUGAGCGUAAAAAUAAACAGGAGAAUCAUAGACAGGAGCACAGCCAACAUACAGUUGCUGGAGCAGACUGUCAAUGAGAUGAAAGAAGAUGAUGCAAAAAAAUUGAAGGAGGAGUAUCAGAGGUUGGUGGAGGGCUUGAGAGAUGCAAGUGUUGCCAGAGAGACGGAUGUUGUGUUAUCCAACCCUGUGUUGCCUGAUGAAGUUCUGAAAGAGGCUGUUCCAGGCAGCAUUCGAACUGCAGAGCAUUUUGUAGGAUUUCUGAAGAGGUUUGUGGAGUACCUGAAGACACGACUUCGUGUGCAGCAUGUGGUAUUGGAAUCCCCAGCCAGCUUCCUCAAAGAUGUCUACCAGAAAGUGUGCAUUGAGCGCAAACCUCUCCGGUUUUGCCAUGAAAGAUUGGCAUCGCUCUUACGUACAUUGGAAAUUGCUGAUCUCACAGACUUUUCACCACUGAUUCUUAUUACUCAUUUGGCAACACUGGUGUCAACAUACACAAAAGGAUUCACCAUUAUUGUGGAACCAUUUGAUGACAAAACUCCGACAGUAUCAAAUCCCAUCCUUCACUUUAGCUGUCUGGAUUCCUCUAUUGCUAUCAAGCCAGUGUUUGACCGGUUUCAAACUGUGGUGAUCACAUCUGGAACUCUGUCACCACUAGAUAUGUACCCCAAGAUUCUGGACUUCCAUCCGGUCAUCAUGAGUUCCUUCACCAUGACAUUAGCGAGGCCCUGUCUCCUCCCAAUGAUUGUUUCUAAGGGCAAUGACCAAGUUGCUAUCUCGUCCCGGUUUGAGACACGGGAAGACGUUGCUGUGGUGCGGAACUAUGGCCAGCUGUUAGUGGAGAUUGCAACCAUUGUACCAGAUGGAGUUGUGUGUUUCUUCACAUCAUAUCUAUACCUGGAGUCUGUAGUGGCAAGUUGGUAUGACCAGGGUGUAGUGGACAGUUUGCAGCGAAACAAGCUUCUAUUUAUUGAAACUCAAGAUGCAGCAGAAACCAGCCUUGCUCUUCUGAACUACAUCAGAGCCUGUGAAAGUGGGAGAGGAGCUGUACUGUUGUCUGUGGCUCGAGGAAAGGUUUCAGAAGGUGUGGACUUUGAUCAUCAUCUGGGCCGAGCUGUUCUGAUGUUUGGGAUUCCUUAUGUAUACACACAGUCAAGAAUACUGCGGGCCAGAUUAGAAUAUCUCCGGGACCAGUUCCAGAUACGUGAAAAUGACUUCCUGACAUUUGAUGCAAUGAGACAUGCUGCACAGUGUGUGGGGCGGGCCAUCAGGGGCAAGACUGACUAUGGUAUCAUGAUAUUUGCAGACAAGAGGUUCUCUCGUGCUGACAAACGCAAUAAGCUUCCAAAGUGGAUACAAGAACACCUCAAAGAUUCACUGUGUAACUUAUCUACUGAAGAGGCUGUCCAGGACAGGUGUUUGGGAGUCAUUGGUUACAGAAGAAAUGAACUACAGCAAAGUAUAAUUUGAAUAUAAUAGAUAUACAGAGGUUAAACUGCUUGAUGAGGAGAAAUGUGUAUUUUACCAUGGAAAGAGAAAAAGAACCACAGCUUUGGUACCAGCUUGUUAUUGAAGAAUUGCCUUAAGAAAAGCUCUUAUGUGGAACUAGAAUGCAUAUUUGAUUAAUUUUGUAGGUCCCACAUGCAAAAUUUGGCAGGAGAUUUGUGUGGUGAAGUGCUACUGAUACUGUCUCUACUGUUAGCACAGGUAAUUAGGAACUGGUGGCUGUGUCUGCUUGCAGAUUUCUAAACGCUGGCUGAGGCAGAUGGCACAACCGUUCAGUCGAGAGGAUCAGCUGGGUGUGUCACUGCUCACAUUAGAGCAGCUGCACAGU